AUGGUGACCCCUACGCUUACCAACCCUUCGUUGACCGCCGCGAUUUGCUCGCUCGAACACAAAGCCUGGGCAGCUCUGUGUAGUUCUGGCGCCGACCUCGUCCCGCUUCUCUCGAGCAAUCCAGUCAUGAUCUUUCCGGGUGACCUCAUCCUUACUUCGGUGUCCUCUCCAACAGUCCAUGCAAUGCUGCAAGGCCCCGAUUUCAAGCCCUGGAAGUCGUACAAACUCAGUCAUGACGAGGUGGUCAUACUGGGCAAGGACAGCGCUUUGAUCUAUUAUCGCGUAGAAGCGACGAGAGACAGCGAGACGUUUAGGGCUAUAUGUUCGAGCGCGCAACUCGGCCAAUCUCUCGCACCAGGACCGUUCCACGGUAUCACAUCAGCAACAGCGCCACGCUUCAGCACAAUGGCAGUCACCUACGCCGCCGCCGUCAGCACACCCAACGGUGGGGUCCGGCAGCCUCAAAUCCAAGCCCGAGCCUGUUCAGACCCGGAUCUACGCGCAUCUUUUGAGGCAGCGCAGACGCAGCAGCAAGAGCAGACCAAGAAACCCCAACGACCUGGAGCCGGCAUCCGCGCAAAGACGAGUUUCCGCGGCUGGAGCACCAAGAAAGAAGGAAAAACUAGCCCAAAGCAAGCUAACAACGAACCCUAUGUCGUGGAAGAAAGCCGGCCCUCAGGUCACUACCCUAGGCAGGAGCAUAGGCCGAACACGGCGAGCCAGGACGAACAGGUCUACGUCCUUACGCUCAAACUUACAGACUCCCUGGCUAAACCCAUGGACGAGAUGCGGAAUCGGUAUUUUCCAAAGCACUUGAAUCGCACUGGGGCGCAUUUGACGCUCUUCCAUGCGUUGCCGCAUUCGCAUAUGGAUGCGCUGGAACAGGGGCUCUCGCAGACGGCGACCAGUAUGAAGCCGUUUGACGUAUCGACGGGCAAACCGUUCCGGAUGCGCAAGGGCGUUGGCAUCAACGUGGACGAAGGGUACAAGAAGAUGAAAGACGUGCAUGGAGAUUUGCAGUCACAGUGGUCCGCCUUCCUCAGCGAGCAGGACGCUGGUGGCUUCCGACCUCACUGGACGGUCAUGAACAAAGUCGAUGACGAGCAAAAGGUUGACGGAGCCUUUGCGACAAUCAGACAGGAGUUGAGCGAGAGCAACCAGGAGGGGAGAGCUGUGGGGCUGGACCUGUGGAGGUAUGAGCGCGGGAACUGGAUCUUCGCCCGGGAGUAUGUGUUUGGCGAUGCUUCUGUCCAGACACCGACCAAGGCGCACACGUCGCCCACGGGGGGUAACAGAACCUCGCACAUGUCUCUUUCUCCAGAGGACCGGAGCCCUACAGGUGGGCCGGGCAAGAGACCGGAACCUUCGGAUAUCAAUCCGGAACUGAAAUCUGAUGAUGCGGGGGAACAGAGUCUGGUACUCGGUAUUCCACGCCCAUGGUCAUGCAGUAACACGAUGCUAGAAUUAGAAGCGGAUAGGCUGAGCGAUCAGGAACGGGGCAUCUGGCCACAGUGGCUGCAAGGGCUGAGGACGUUAGGACAGUUUAACGAGGGUAGCGGCCGAGGGGUUGCGCAUGCGGUACGCACUCAAUUGCGCUCCAAAGACAUGCCGCUAACAGCCAAUGCAGCCAUCAUUCUCGUCGGAGGGUUCGGCACCCGUCUGAGGCCUCUCACCCUCACCUACCCCAAGCCGCUCGUCGAGUUCGCGAACAAGCCCAUGAUCCAGCACCAGAUCGAGGCCCUUGCCGAUGCUGGCGUCACAGAUGUUGUCCUGGCAGUCAACUACCGCCCGGAGAUCAUGGCCGAGGCGCUCAAGACCUACGAGAAGCAAUACGGCGUCACCAUCACAUUCUCCGUCGAGACCGAGCCCCUCGGCACCGCCGGCCCCCUCAAGCUCGCUGAGAACGUCCUCGGCAAGGACGACUCGCCCUUCUUCGUCCUCAACGCCGACGUCACAUGCGACUACCCCUUCAAGCAGCUCGCCGAGUUCCACAAGCAGCACGGCGACGAGGGCACCAUUGUCGUCACAAAGGUCGAGGAGCCGUCCAAGUACGGUGUCGUAGUCCACAAGCCUGGCCACGCCUCCAAGAUUGACCGUUUCGUCGAGAAGCCCGUCGAGUUCGUCGGCAACCGCAUCAACGCCGGCAUCUACAUUAUGAACACCAGCGUGCUCAAGCGCAUUGAGCUCCGCCCGACCUCGAUCGAGCAGGAGACUUUCCCCGCCAUUGUCAAGGACGGCCUGCUGCACUCGUUUGAUCUCGAGGGCUUCUGGAUGGACGUUGGACAGCCCAAGGACUUCUUGUCCGGCACCUGUCUCUACCUCUCGUCCCUGGCGCGCAGGAACGCCAAGCUGCUCACACCAGCCUCUGAGCCAUACGUCUACGGCGGCAACGUCCUGAUCGACCCCUCGGCCAAGAUUGGCAAGAACUGCCGCAUCGGUCCCAAUGUCACCAUUGGCCCGGAUGUUGUCAUUGGCGACGGUGUCCGUCUGCAACGCUGUGUGUUGCUCAAGAACAGCCGUGUCAAGGACCACGCCUGGGUCAAGUCGUCUAUUGUUGGCUGGAACAGCACCGUCGGCAAGUGGGCGCGUCUCGAGAACAUAACAGUUCUUGGUGACGACGUUACCAUUGGCGACGAGGUCUACGUCAACGGCGGUUCCGUCCUGCCCCACAAGUCCAUCAAGCAGAAUGUUGACAGUAAGCAACCAUUUACCUAUUCUGGCUACCGUCACUAA